AUGAGCAAGGACGCCAAGGACCAAGCAUCGCCAACGAAGAUCGAAGACAAAAAGGCCGAGCAGCCCUGGUCGGACAAGGAACGCAGCAUCAUCGUCAACCACGUCCUUACUCAUGUCCUUACGACGCUUGGCUACGGCAGUGCCUUUAGCGAGCUGCCCGAAAUCCUCGCCAAGGAAGGCUGCCCCGCUCGGCCCAGUCGAGCUUACCAGGACCAGUGGCGCCGCAAGAUCUGCAAGAACCUGCUCUCCAUUUACGGCGGCAAGUCUCCUGCUACACCCGCCUCUCCCUCCAAGGCUGCUGGCCCCUCGAAGACAGCGGGUAGCCCCCCGAAGCGCAAGCGAACAUUGGAGUAA